AUGGCCGCAAACCAAAAUCAGCUCGAAUUUUUUAGGGUUUUAGGAGGUAACAACUUCAAGACAAGACAAGAAAACUUUCAGUUGCUCGUGGCUACUCAUCAAGAACUCGGGGACGACAACGAGUUGGUAUCGCCCAAGGUCUUCAGGAGCAUAUAUGACGACCACCUAAUACCGCUCCUUGACGCUCGCACCUUCAUUGUCCAGGAGCUAAGCUCUAUCUGGGGCGUGUAUGGGGUCCUGCCUGCAGAGUUCGACAACGAAACCUCGGCGAAGAGAGAGGAGCUAAAAGCGACAGGUGAAGCAGCUGUAGAUGCCAGGAACAGUCACGAUAGCCUGAUAAAGGAAAUUGUUGCUGUCACGGUGGUGUGUGCAGAGCGUGUGAAUUGGAGCAAGCACAAGAACGAUGACUACCAACAUGAGCUUUUGAAAUGGGUGAUAGAGAAGCAAGCUCGUCUCACCGGCUCCAUCAGCGACCCGAACAAUUCUAUAAUCAGAUCGGAGUUAGAGGCUGUACAUAGCCCUUUAACAAAAGGGUUUGCAGCACUGUCGAAGAAGUUGUCUAUCCAGGCUGAGAAGAAGGGAAACUCUACCAUCAUCAAAAUACAAACGAAAAAACUAACUCUCAACAAGUCGUCGACUUCAUCAAGUCCCCCCCUAAGACUCAGAGCUGAAAAAGAAGAGGACUCAAACGAUGAUGGUUUGAAGCACCUGUUGAGUGAACUGGAUAGUGUCAAUGGUGAUGACGAUGGUAAUAAUGGAGGACCGUCAAAAAAACCGAAGUUGGACGUUCCCAUCGGUGAGUGGUGGGGACCGAGAAAAUCGAAACUCAGCUGCACCAAUACUUUUUUUGAUGUGGUCCGCGAGUACAAGGCGUACCUUGCGAAUCCUACACAUCCAUCACACAGCAGGCCCUAUAUCGAGGCACUAAUUGUUUACUUGAGGCGAGCCCUUGUAGAAUGCGGCAAGGACGAUCAAACUUAUAAGAUACUCAUGAAAGAUGAAUGGAACUUCCGUGACGAGACCUUGAAAGUUUGUGCAGUUCCGACGGUGCUACGACCUGGUGCCACUGAAGCGAACUACCGUCUAGGUAUGAAUGGGUUUACCGGGCUAAACGACUUCAAAAGAAUGCUCGGCGGCGGAUUGACCGAUUACGAGUUGGAAGAGACAAACCAUUUGCCAGAAGCCCAAGGCAUGUUGGCAUUGGCGCAUGCAGCUAAGAUCGGGGAUAGGCAUACCCUACGCGGUGGUGCCGCCGAUGGCAAAGAUGGCCAGGAAGAAAGGCUGCGUAAAGCCAUUCGGACAGCCACCCAACUCCGUUUCCGUGAUCCUGUUACCCUCUGGGAGCAAUUGGUAGAAGAUGCAACCUAUCCUGCCGGCGUAUUUGAUGCUCGUGUCAAAGAAGUGCGACCUCCCAUGACAGAUCCCAACCGCAUAGGUCAACCAAAACCAAUGUCAUUUUUCAGGGAGAUGAUGUCCAAAGUCGUAGACACCAAGGAAUGGAACAAAGCUCAAGGCGUUUUCGAUCUAUUCUCGGUCGAUGAGUUGCUCGAUAAGUAUAAGAAAUUCAUUGAAAAUUCAAAAGAAAAAGCCAACGCUUUCUUGAACGAAGAUGACAGGCUUUUCCCUCACGAGCCAAAACUUAAUGAAGCUGGGGGGAAGGAUAAACCGAAACGUCGAUACGGGAACCUUCGAGAUAAAGAUUUCGCGAAGUCCAUAGGGUAUGCUUUCCGCGCUAGAAUGUUUCAGGUUCUUCGUUUCUCGUUGACAUGGCGCGCAUACAUUUUGGGCUUUCGCACUUUGCGAGAUCUGUUGAUGGAAGAGAAAGCGCUCUUGCAAAUUUGGGACGAUCACGAAGCACUAUACAUGGAAUGGGAGAAUUGUAGGUGGUUCACUCUCUCGAACGCGCAAGAGAUCUCUCGCUUAGAGAACCGCUACGCGGCACGAGAACUUCUGCGCAAGGUAUGGGUGAACGAGAUAAAAGGCAUUGACACCGCUCUUGAGAACUUGAGGAAAUACCCAAAUUGCUAUGACGACGCAGGCAAGGGUCUUCUAUCAGCGCAGUUCUCGGAUGAAUCGGGUCUCGCUACUCUACUAGAUUCAGGUCUGUUGGACAAACCAGAAUAUAAAACACACGCCAAUAAACAAGUCUACGGAGAGGCCAAUGACGCCAACAUUCUCAGAGGUGUCCAGAGCCCUAUGGAUUACAACAUAGAUACUGAUGUGGAGGAACAGGCCUACGAUAAUAGUAAGCCCCUCGAUCUCGACGCAUCCCGUCGGUUCCUAGAAAAGACACUUGCGGUCUAUGAGAAGAGUCUUGAUAAGGCGAUGCGGGCAAAUAACAACUUGGAUGAUACCGACCCAGGUAAUGCGGCAAUCAUGCAAAAGAACAACAUCGACAUCAUGGCGACACAACAGGUCAUCUGGUCUUUAAAGACUGAACUUCAUAACUUGAACCGUUCGCUGGAUCCUCUUUCAGAAGAUAGUGUAGGCAAGGGCGCUGCGCUGAAAUGGAAAGUCGAUGAAGGGGAUUAUUGGAAAAAUAUUAAACCACUUCCAAGGAAAACACCAUUACCCCUUAGAGUCAAAAGCCUUGGUCUAGGAUUCAUGCCCGGUGAACACCCAAAACCUGACCAUCCUGCUCUUCUCUUGGGUUGCCCUCCAGGCUUCGCUAAAGGAGGAGUCGUGGACGAGGGGGAGUAUUAUCUUCCUGCGGACAAUAGCCUAUCUAACAAAUCAAAUAAGGAUAUAAGCCACUCGAACUACGACGGCUGGAACGAGUUCCUUGAAUCACAUCGGGUUGCUUGGGGAAAUGAACAGGCCACUGGUACUGCACUGUUAAGUUGGGAUGAAUGGGUCGAUGCGGCGUAUCGUGCCCUGCGAAGCAGCACAGCGAGCAUUAGAGCUAUGUUCGAUGACGAUAGCCCUUACAAGACGGACAUGAAUCUUCUACAGCAUGUUCAAGACGCGUACCACAAUCGUUUCAACUCAAACCAGGAUCACGACUCGAUGAGCUGGCGGAAGCGAGAGAUGAAUAGACGCGCGCUUCUUGAAGGAUUUGCUGCCGAAAUCAAUUCGUUCUUUGUGAAGAAUAUGCUUCCACAGUCAUUUCCAAGAGUAGGGGUUUUGCCUUCGGCUAGCCCCAUAGCCCAAUUGACUCCCUAUACUAGCUAUCCCAACAUGAGCUCUCCUAUGACGAGCCCACCCAAGAAGGACGAGGAAACCUUUUCAAAUCUACGAGCAUACCUGAAGGCAAAGAAUGAGGCCGAGCUGAAGAUGAAGAAGAUCACUAGAUUGGUGAGCAAGGGUGAGCCAUUGAGCCAGAAGCAAAAAGACUCCCUAGCUGCAGCAAAGCAAUCAAGGAAGAAGUUCGUGACACUGUACAAAAAAUUGCGAAGCAGUUUAGGUGCGGCAGCGACGGCGCAAGCGGAUGCCAUAGAACAAGAAGAGAGUGCUCUGCACAAUCAGGAUAUCAAGACAGCUGAGGCGCUUGCAGAUGCAAAGAUAAAUAAAAAUCAAAUCUCGCCAACCACAGAGCUAGAAGACAUUAGUAUCGAAGGGAUACUCGCCGGGAUGAGGAAGAAAACGACGCCAGCUGUAGUCACGAAACCUGCUCCAACUCCUAAAUCCGCCAAGACUCCCCAAUCCACCAAAAAAACACCAAUACAGCAACCCAAACCUGCUUCUUCUCAUGUAGAAGCGUUGAAAAAGUCUGCGGAGUAUCUUGCGGAGGCUCGUGUACUACUGCGCACCCUACGGGAAAAAUAUAAUGAAGCCGUGGAUGCGGAAGAAGCAGCGGAGACGGCUGCGGACACCCGAGACGACCCCGACUUGGAUGAUAUCCUUGACUUCGCAUCGGGAGCGGCCAUCGAAGCCGGAAAGGAGUACACAGAGAGCAAGAUAAACAUUCGGCUUAGGGCGCAGGCAUACAUAUGCCAGCGACAAUGGAAUGCCCCGGCCGAGACAGCUGAGGAGCUCAGGGAGAGGUACAACGACCUGAAUCAGGACCCCAAGUACUGGAUCGCCGAUAUAAUCUGGGAUAAGUCCUGGACGCCGAACGUGAAUUUCGCAUACUCAACCUGGAUAAAUAACGUCAUUAUACUCAUGCACGAGGCGUACAAGGCCGUCAACAUCAACUCGGGACCCGCGUAUUUCAAGACUUUAUACGAGCAUUUCUGGGCCUGUCCCGGCAACACGCUGGAGAAGAAGCGCAAGGUCUGGCUGUACCUCUUGAUCACAGAUUACAACUCGCGGCUCGACAAGAACAACCUCAGCCAUAAGAAGUUCGUCACGCCGCCGUCGAGGCCCCCCGCGGAUUAUUUCCGCCCUACGCUAUCGAGGGACGAGCUCCUCAAUCAGAAGAACGCUGAAGUGGAAGCUGCAUUGAAAGCGGCGAAAGACGAAACCCUAAAUCCAUUCAGCCACGAUAUCAUCGCCGAAGAGAAUCUGCUACAGCAAUUCUCGCUAGCCCCGGCGGAUGCCAUACAGAUGAGCGUCAGCCCCUCCCCGUUCCCGCAGCUGAGCGAUGACUCGCCGUUUCAACGGCAGCUUCAACGGCAGCAGCUUACGGUCCAGCAGAGAGACGAGGAGCUCCAGGAGCAACUCCAGAGCCUCGCCGUGAGAUCCCCAUCGCCGCUCGCGGUCGCCAGCCCGUCACUUCCGUUCCGCUCCACGUCCAGUUCCCAGACGAAUAAGACGGGGACGUCGAACAACCUGGGGCUCAAUCUGGACAAGAUCCUCGGUCUGGGGCCAGGGGCAAGGGAUCCAGCGCUCUCCUCCGGCAAGCCGACUCUAACUCCGUCAUCUAUCCCCCCCCGGCCUCAUUCCCCAACAGCAUACACAGAAGACGUCGAGAUGGACACGCCCUUUCCCACGCCAUACCCCUUCUCCCCCGCACCCGUCGGCCUCGGGCCCAUCAAGAUCGUCCUCAAAAAGCCAUCCGGCACCGACACCGCGAGCCAAGACGGGCGCUUCACGGCGGCGCUGAAAUCCGCCAGCGGCCUCUGGGAGUCCUCGGGCGGAGAAGACACGCCCAUGGUAGACUCCGACGAUCCCGUGCCGAAGCAAGCGGGGAGCACGAACGACGCCUGGCCCGAGUUGAAAGGGAUGAUUUCGACGACGUGGAUCUCUUGCGUCGCGUUCGAGGCGCUGCGCCAGAAGCACGGGGACAGGCGAGGGAUGUCGCGGGCGACGUACCAUCCCGACUGGCCCAGGCCGGUGAGGGUGAACAAUGGGAUCGACGCCGAGUACUAUUGUCUAUAA